AUGGCGGAAAACAACCAAUACCUACCGAAAUACAUCCAGAAUAUACCAUGGUACUAUAAGAACGAUGCGUUGGCAUCUGCUGAUGACGCGCUUUAUCAUCAUCGCAAAAAACCGGGUGAAAAACUUGAUCACAGCGAUCCGCAAGCUGGUUCAGGUAUUAAAGACAAUUUCGAAUCUGUCGAUGGUCACCUAGUCAGAGCAGAUGGGGAUUAUGAUGCGAAAAGAGACCGCUGGCACGGCCAUUCGCAUGAAGAGUGGGAUGAGAUCUUUGAGAAAUGGGAUAAAAUCAAAAAGAGCCAACAUUCCCUUACAGAACAAGACAGCGAUGAUACAGAUUAUGAGCUCGAGCUAGAAGAACUUGGGCUUGACCGCAAACAAAUUCAAAAUUCACUGAAGGAAGAUCCGAUGGAGAAGGCCAUACGGGAUCGAAGAGAUGUGCCCGCAUACAUUUUAGCCAUCAAUGCUAAUGUUGGAGGAAAGAUACGCUUGGGAAAAGACUCAACUAAGUCGUUGGUCAAUGAUGAUUCAGACUUUGUGAAGGAAAGUAAAGAUGUUAAGGAGUUGAAGCAGAUGCAACAGUUUGCCUGGGAAAAGAACCAAGAAUACCAGAAAAAGAAGGAAAAAGAGAUUUUUCAGGCUCAAAUAGCAAAUAUGCAUGAUCCUUACGCCAAGGUGGACGCAGAUGUACCAGUGGAUUUGUCUUUGAAUGUCGAGGCAAGUCCGACAUUGAUGAUGCUUCGCAACAGAGAGAAUGAGGAGAAGAAGCGAAAGGCGGGCGAGAAUAAAAAGAACAAGUUACUUGAGAGAUACGGCUAG